GCGAAGAAACAUAGAACGUGACUUCCUUUACGUAUUUUUUACAAAUAUAUUGACCGCCAGUUGACCGUGAGUCCUCCUCCAAUCAAAUGGGACCAGACUUUACUUCCCAUCCAAGGCAACCGCCUUUAAAUUCGACACUGCCAAGUUCGUGGUGUCUUCAUCCCCAACCAGUUAUUGUACCUCACUUGAUUCCCACACAUUCUCAAUAUACGCGUACCUAGAAAAACCUUCCAACCUCAAAAGAUCUCGAACCUCCAAAUUACCAACCCGCCACCCCCUCUCUUCACUAAAAAAAAAAAAAAAAAUCCCACAAUGACGUUGCCGACAUUAGUGUCCACUUCUGUAGGCAGCAUCCUGGUUUUGUGGCCAUUCCUUGAACGAUAUUGUCCUGUUGGCCUUCGACAAUGCUUUUAUAAAUAUACAACCAUAAUCACCAGCUACUUCAAUCCCUACAUUGAUAUUUCGUUCUCUGAUGUCUCGGAACUUUGGUUCAAGCGUAGCGAUGCCUAUUUAACUGUUGAGACUUACCUCAGCAACAAAGCUCCCAAGAGCGCCAAACGACUCAAAGCUGAGUUGGGAAAAGAUAGCAGCAAAGUGGUUUUGAGUCUAGAUGUGCAUCAAACCGUGGUGGAUGAGUUUCGCGGUGUCAAAAUUUGGUGGACGUCAAAGAAAGAAGCCAACACAUCAAGAUUCUCCUACUUUAUCGAGGAGACCACGAUGUCGUACAUGCUCACGUUUCAUAAGAGAUACCGUGACCUAAUCAUUGAGUCAUAUUUGGAGCAUGUUAUGAAGGAAGGGAAGGAAAUUGGCGUGAAGAAUCGGCAGAGGAAGCUCUACACGAAUUGUCCUAAGGAAAAGUCUUCAUGGUACAUGAACCGAAGAAUGUGGAGUAGCAUCUUUUUCGAGCAUCCAGCUAGCUUUGAAAGAAUCGGUUUGGAUCCAGAGACGAAGCAGGAUAUUGUUGAUGACCUGUUGACUUUCAGCAAGAGUAAGAACUAUUAUGAAAAGAUUGGGAAGCCAUGGAAGAGGGGUUAUCUUCUCUAUGGCCCUCCUGGGACUGGAAAGUCAACGAUGAUUGCAGCAAUGGCCAACCUGUUGGACUAUGAUGUCUAUGAUCUUGAACUCACAGCAGUGAAGGAUAACACGGAGCUGCGAAAGCUUUUGAUCGAGACUACCGCUAAGUCAAUCAUCGUGAUCGAGGACAUCGACUGCUCACUUGAUCUUACUGGUCAAAGAAAGAAGAAAACAAAGAAAUCUUCAGAUGAUGAUGAUGUGAACGAAAUUCCCAAGAAAGAUGCCAAGGAAGAGGAGAAUAGUAAUAAGGUCACACUUUCUGGGCUGUUGAAUGUUAUCGAUGGACUGUGGUCUGGUUGUGGGGGUGAGAGGCUGAUUAUUUUUACCACAAAUUGUCUGGAGAAGCUGGAUCCUGCACUCAUAAGGAGUGGUAGAAUGGACAAGCAUAUUGAGCUCUCUUACUGCAAGUUUGAAGCAUUCAAGGUGUUUGCAAAGAAUUACCUGGAUCUUGAAAAGCAUCCGAUGUUUGACACAAUACAGAGGUUGAUGGGGGAGACGAAUAUCACACCUGCUGAUGUUGCCGAGAACCUGAUGCCAAAGUCCUCAUCAGAUGAUGCAGAUAAAUGCCUAUCGAAGUUGAUAGAGGCUCUUGAGGAAGCAAAGAAAAAAGCAGCAAGGAAGAAAGAUGAAGAAGAGAAACAGAAAGAGGAAGAAGCGGCAAAGAAGAAAAAUGGAGAAUUGAAACGGAAUGUGAAAGAAAAUGAUUAGGUGAAAGUAAUAGGGGAAGAUCAAGCAGCAAUGGGGAAAGAUGAAGAUGUGAAAGUGGAAUAGAAUGAACCAACCUAUGGAAGUGUUCGCCAUGACCCAAAAAAAAAAAAAAAGGUACUCCCCAUAUUUAAUUUGUAUAAUAUUAGGUCCUGCAUUUGCAUGUGGUGUUUAUUAUUUCUCGUCCUAAAAAACGUGUGUAUAUGUAUAUACUGGAAGAAAAUAAAACAAACUUAGUGUGAUAUAUGUCAUGUGAUGAUGUAAGUGUAACUUUCUUUUAAUAUUAAUGUAAGUAAUUAUCAG